UUCUCAGUUCCGAGUUCUUUUCUGGCUUAUCCUGGGACACCUCUGAGUUGUGGGGCUUCGCUCUUGUCGUCUUUAAGUGGACAGCGCGCAUGCGCUAACUUCCUCUUUUUCCGGCUGGAACCAUGGAGGGUGCAGAAGAGAAGAAAAAGAAGGUUCCUGCUGUGCCAGAAACUCUCAAGAAAAAGCGAAGGAAUUUCGCAGAGUUGAAGAUCAAGCGUCUGAGAAAGAAAUUUGCCCAAAAAAUGCUUCGAAAGGCAAGGAGGAAGCUUAUUUAUGAAAAAGCUAAGCAUUACCACAAGGAAUACAGGCAGAUGUACAGAACUGAGAUCCGCAUGGCUAGAAUGGCAAGAAAAGCUGGCAACUUCUACGUACCUGCAGAACCCAAAUUGGCAUUUGUCAUCAGGAUCCGAGGUAUCAAUGGUGUGAGCCCAAAGGUUCGAAAGGUGUUGCAGCUUCUUCGCCUUCGCCAGAUCUUCAACGGCACCUUUGUUAAGCUCAACAAGGCUUCAGUUAACAUGCUAAGGAUUGUGGAACCAUAUAUCGCAUGGGGGUACCCAAACCUGAAGUCAGUGAAUGAAUUGAUCUACAAGCGUGGUUAUGGCAAAAUCAACAAGAAGCGAAUUGCCCUGACAGAUAACACAUUGAUCGCUCGAUCUCUUGGUAAAUAUGGCAUCAUUUGCAUGGAGGAUCUGAUUCAUGAGAUCUACACUGUUGGAAAACGUUUCAAAGAAGCAAACAACUUUUUAUGGCCCUUCAAGUUAUCUUCUCCACGAGGGGGAAUGAAGAAGAAGACCACCCAUUUUGUAGAAGGUGGAGAUGCUGGCAACAGGGAAGACCAGAUCAAUAGGCUUAUUAGAAGAAUGAACUAAGGUAUCCACCAUGAUUAUUUUUGUAAUCUGGUCAGUUAAUAAACGACUACUUUCAAAUUAAAAUGUGUUGUUGUGACUUUUUGCUAGACUCUGCUGUCCUUUAACUAUUGGGACAAAUCUUGAUGUGUGAUAAGAGUAGGCCGUCUUUUUCUUAAACUUUUAAAAUUUUUAUUUAUUUUGAGAGAGAAUCCCAAGCAGGCUCCAGGGAUCGAAUGAACUGUGCCAAGUUUUGCCUUUGUGUACAAAACUGGGGUCUGGUUUGUAUUUUGGUGGAAAACAUUCCUUGGGUUUAUUAAAAACUCUCUUGUGGAAAAAAAAAAUCUUUUCACUUUUUUUUUUUUUUUUUUAAUUUUUCACUUUUCAGUUGUGCCACUGAGUUAGCUAAGAUGGGUCUGUUCUAAGAAAGCCUGUUUCAUAGACUUACGUGCAUGAUUUAUAGGUAAGGUAAAAAAAAAUGAAUUAUACUGUUGAUGAAAUUCCAUCUGCUGAGACUUAGUUUUUCUAUAAAGUACUGUGUGAACAUGUU